AGCUUCCCGGCGCUGGACUCUUGCGUCUUCCGGAAGCGGGUGCCGGACCCGCAACGGCUAGGGAGGCGACCGCGGCGGUGGCGGGCACGGCGGGAACGACAGCGUCCGAGGGGGGACAGGGCCUGGCUCCUGCGCCAGGCUGGAGCGCCAUGGACGACUCCGGCAGUUGUGCGAGCGGCGGAGGCUUCCGCCCGGGCGUAGACAGCCUGGACGAGCCCCCCAACAGUCGUAUUUUUCUGGUGAUCAGCAGGUACACGCCCGAGUCGGUGCUGAGGGAGCGCUUCUCGCCCUUCGGCGAGAUACAGGACAUCUGGGUUGUGCGGGACAAGCACACCAAGGAGUCCAAGGGCAUCGCUUUCGUCAAGUUCGCCCGCAGCUCGCAGGCCUGCAGGGCCAUGGAGGAGAUGCACGGCCAGUGCCUCAGCCCCAACGAUACGAAGCCCAUCAAGGUUUUCAUUGCUCAGUCCAGAUCAUCUGGAAGUCAUCGAGAUGUUGAAGAUGAAGAACUUACAAGAAUCUUUGUUAUGAUACCAAAGUCCUACACAGAAGAAGAUCUACGGGAAAAGUUUAAGGUAUAUGGAGAUAUCGAAUAUUGCAGCAUUAUUAAGAAUAAAGUCACUGGAGAAAGUAAAGGUUUGGGCUAUGUACGAUACUUAAAACCAUCACAAGCAGCCCAAGCAAUAGAAAACUGUGAUCGAAGUUUUAGAGCUAUCUUGGCUGAACCUAAAAAUAAAACAACCGAAUCCUCUGAACAAGAUUAUUAUAGUAAUAUGAGGCAGGAGGCUUUGGGACAUGAACCUAGAGUAAAUAUGUUUCCAUUUGAACAACAAUCUGAAUUUUCAAAUUUUGAAAAGAAUGACAACAGGGGCCAGGAACCUAUCUCCAAACGCUUGUCGGUUGUGUCAAGAGUUCCUUUUACUGAAGAGCAGCUGUUCAGCAUUUUUGAUAUAGUACCGGGACUGGAAUAUUGUGAAGUUCAACGAGAUCCUUAUUCAAAUUAUGGUCAUGGAGUGGUUCAGUAUUUUAAUGUAGCAUCAGCUAUUUAUGCAAAAUACAAGUUACAUGGAUUUCAGUACCCUCCUGGGAAUCGGAUAGGUGUUUCCUUCAUUGAUGAUGGGAGUAAUGCAACAGAUCUUCUUAGAAAAAUGGCAACACAGAUGGUAGCUGCACAGCUUGCGUCAGCGGUAUGGAAUAACCCAAGUCAGCAGCAAUUUUUGCAGCAAUUUGGAGGAAGUUCUGUGUCACAAUUGCCUCAAAUUCAGACAGACGUUGUACUUCCAUCAUGCAAAAAAAAAGCCCCUCCUGAAACUCCUGUGAAAGAAAGACUUUUUAUCGUGUUUAAUCCUCAUCCUUUACCUUUAGACGUAUUAGAGGAUAUAUUCUGUCGUUUUGGUAACCUGAUCGAAGUUUACCUUGUGUCAGGAAAAAAUGUGGGGUAUGCCAAGUAUGCAGAUAGAAUAAGCGCUAAUGAUGCCAUUACUACUUUACAUGGAAAGAUCCUGAAUGGGGUCAGGCUUAAAGUCAUGCUGGCAGAUUCCCCAAGAGAAGAAUCUAACAAACGGCAAAGAACUUACUGAUUCUUGAGAACAAAGACUAAAUAAUGACAUAAAUCCUCAGCUGACUGACUGAAAAUGUGACUGGACUCACUCCCUGUGGACAGUUGACAGCUUUUUUUUUUCCCCCAUAAAACCUGAUAGUCUGUGUACAACAUUGUUUUUUGUGGGGAGCAGGGAUUGCUGACAUGUAUUUUUGAAUCCACAUAUUAAUGCUAAAAUUAAUUUCUUAGAGCAAAAUGUUGUUAUGUGUAGCAGAAAUAAAGUUUCCUUUCCUUAACUAAAUCAUGCCUUAUUUAUGUGAAAAAUGAGAAUGAAAAAUUUGAUAGGCAGUGAGUGCUUAGAACUUAACUGAAUGACCUGUUUCAUUGAUUUUGAGAUGCACAUUUUUUCACAUUUUAAUACAUCUGAAAUUGGACACAUCUUGAUAUUGAUUGUGUGCCAUAGUAUAAUUGACAACCUUUUUUCUUUCUUAGAGGAACAUAAAAUAAAGGUGAUUCUUACAAUCAGUUGCAUCUUAGAUUCAAUAAAAUAUGGUAAUUACUACUCAGUGUACACAUGUAGUGUACACAUUUACUCUGAAGACAAGAGCCAAAAGUUUUAUCAUUAGAAAUAUUUAUAUACUUUUUUAGUUAUACCAAAAUUUGUUGGUAAUUUUGAAAAGAUCUUUUAAGAUUAUAGAAAAACAGGGUUAAAAGUAAAAAAAAUUAAAAGUUAUGGUGGAUAAUAAGUUUAAAUAAAUGUUAGUGGAUUUGGGCAUGGACAGUUUCCCUGUAUAAAUACAGAAAUAUAAUGACACUCCAAAAAUAUUACAAACAACUUUCAAGACAGACUAUGAUAGGAGUUAUAGUCAUUUCAAAAUUAAAGAUUAAAAAUUUCAUUAGGCACCUAUUCUGCUUAUAUUUUGAAAAUCCAAAAAAAAAACUAUGAGCUCUUGACAUGAAGGAUGCUUAUCUAAAAAAGUUAUCUCUAAGUCGUGAAGUUGACACCCAAAAAAAAGAGCAUCAAAAUUGGUAUGCUGUAAUUAAACCAUCACUUAAUUACCUCCUCAGUAUGCCUCUUACAUCCUGAGUUAAACUAAGAAUAGUGAAAGAUUAAAAUCACCAAGCAUAUUAGAGUAUUUUAUGCUUCAACAUCUCUCCAUUGAAAAAUUCAAGUCCCUUUUUUGAAUCAGUAAUUUUAAUAAAUUAAGAUAACAUUUCCAGUCUUACCUUCCCUGGCAGGACUUACUAAAUGAGAAUUGAACCAAAUAUCUUUCUGUGGGCCAAAAAGCAUAUCAAAAAAAAAAAAAGAAAGCAAAUUCUCUCUCUUUUGAAAUGAAAAA